AUGAAAUCACGUGCGUUAACUGAUAAUAUUGAAGGAAGAGCGCCAACCGCAACUGCAACUCAAGAAGAGAAACAUAAUUUUGAUCGGAACGAGGGGAAAGCCAUGAAUGCAAUUAUCCAGUCGUUGGAUACUGAGCAUGGAAAUCUUGUUUUAACAUGUAAAACUUUUAAGGAAACGAUGGAAAAGAUCCGAAGCAUUUAUGAAAAGAACAGCGACAUCCGUGCAAUGACUUUAUACGAAGAAUUUUUCACUGUGAAAAUGCGAGAUGACGAAUCGGUGGCAAGCUAUGUGGCUAGAAUAAAUCAACUGGCGUCAGAAAUUGAACAGCAAAAUGAAAAAUUAUCCGAUAGAUUAAAGAUGACACGCAUCAUUACUGGGUUAACGUCAAAUUUCAAUUAUUAUAAAACAGCGUGGUACAAUACUAAAGAAUACCGAACGAUUAAUGAGUUGAUGUCAUCAUUACAAUUGGAAGAAGAAAAUCUAAAUCGGCUGAAUGGAAAAGACACAGCUAGUUUGAGCGCAGCGUUUUCAGCAAAAACAAAGCCAAAGUCAUUUUAUCCAAAAGAUUUAAAGUCAAAAUCAAAAAUUUAUAAUUUGAAGAAGAAAACGAGGUGCAAUGCGUGCGGCCAUUGGGCAAAGGACAAAGGUUGUCCAAAAUAUGAAAAAUCAUCAAGCAAAGACGACAAAAGCAAAGGCAGCAAAGAAGGUGGUGAAAUUGCAUGGAUGGUCGAGGACACAGUUGAAUUACAGAGUAAGGAAUCUGAUAGUUGGUAUGUCGAUUCUGCAGCUACAAAGCAUAUGACAUUUCAUCGAGAGUGGUUUUCUACGCUGCGAAAGUAUACGACCGGUAGCAAAGUUAAAGUCGCUAAUAAUAGUUACUUACAAAUCGAAGCAAUAGGAACAAUUCUGAUUGAUGUGAAAGUAGACAAUCAGUGGAAGCCAGUUCGCCUAGAAAAUGUAUUGUAUGUUCCUGAGCUCAGCGAAAAUUUGCUAUCAACAAGCAUGAUAACACAGUGA